AAUCAUCCACGCAAGGAGGAGCCCGCUCCUGUGAGGACACACCAGAAAGAUGAUAGGAAAUCAGCAUAGUCUGCCUGUGGCCCCAUCACUAACAUCCUCAAGUCUAUCAAGCCGAACUUGACUGAUUUUCUUCAACAAGAUGAUUAAUGAGGAGUGGCUAAGCAGCUCAUUUAAACUGUGUGAUCUAGUCACUGCCUCAGAAUGUGGUCACUCUGAUGACUCUACGCAGACAGUAAUAGACAGUGAUUCAUACCCACAACCUGCAUACAACCCGCUGUCAAUCCAACACACGUUGGAAACAUACAGCCGUUUACUGGAUGCAACAUUAGAACAGAACACAGAGCCCAUUCAAUACUUUGCGCAUAUGACAGCCAAAGCUAUUAUAGAUUCAGCUGUGAGGAUCAGAGACCCAAGUGAAUCUGUCAAAGUGAGACAGGAUGACGUUGAGAUGCUAGCUGAAGAGUUAACUUUAAAAGUCUGUUGCAAAGCACUAGAAGAGAUGGAGAGGCAACAUCACUCUGAUGAUCCAUCAUCCAAAAAUAUAAAUGAUAAAGAGGGGAAAAUGCAUUAUGAAAAUGCAUGGGUCCUGUGCUCCUCAGAGUGUGAUAAAAAUGCAUUUGAAAUGGAAACAGACAAGAUGGAGGAAUAUAAUGACUCACUGACCACAGUAUAUGCCACUUCCUUGAAGAGCAUGGCCAGUCUGGGGUCUCUCGACUACCCUGAUGCUCCUCCAAGCACCCCUUUACUUCCAGAGAUGAUGAGGAGUCGAGCCAGUUUCACAAGGAAGCUAAAGGGAGGACUUGCUAAAGAGUUUCUACCUUCACCCCCUCCUCCGACCCCCAAAGACCACAUGCAACCCUUAUUGGAGAACCAAAUGACAGACGCAUCCGUUGACUUCAUGGUGAGGCUGAUGCGCUCGCUUUCACUGGAGUGUUGUCAAAACGGAGGUCUAGAAGAAGACGAGGGCAGAGAAGCUGAUGAUGGUGGACUCCAAAAUGACAUUCCCUGGCUGACUGACUAUGCUGCUCAAAUAUCUGCAGAUAUCCUUCAUUCUCUCACCACAAAUGAGAUAAAAGUAAGGGAUGAGGGUUGUGUGAAAUGCAUGUUGGCUAUUUCUGAUCAACUAGCGAGCGAAAUUGUCACAACGUCUCUAGCAGAAGUGAUGGCGAGAGGAGAAAGGAAGGUUUUGAAGGAAGAAACAACAAAGCAUAAGGUAGACAUGGCUCCAGAAAAAAGAUCUUGCAUGCCAUUCUCUGCAACGGACGGGGUGAAAGUUUUAGCUAGUGAGCUAAUCUUUAACAGUGUGGUUCAUGCUUUUGCUAAGCUAAGACAGGGUGUGUUUAAACAUGGAACCCAGCCACAUCUUUCGAGCCAAGCUUCCCCACAGCGAUGGGAAGAAGAACGAUAUUCAAACACACUGUGUAAAGACUCAAUAAACUCCCUCAAAGCCACAACCUUCAGAUGCUGUAACGAUAAAUCAGAACUGAAUCCCAUUACAGUCGACGCCAUAAACGUGACAUCAUUAGUACACACAUUUGCCAACAACUUAGCAGAAGACGUGCUUCGGCAUUCUGUGUGUGAUGCUUCCAGCUUACUCUUUAACUGUAAGCAAUUUGAGGGAGCAGAAUUUGGCUCCCAGAAAGACAAACCAUUGGUGAUCAAGAUACAUGCUGUGCAAAGUCGUCAUGUACAGGAACUGCAAUGUGCUCUACUCUGGGCCGUGGCCUCUCAGAACACGAAUUCAGCACUUCAGUUUGAUCUACCAGACACAAGCCUUCAGCAACAGCUUUGCAGACUCUCUCGGAGAGCCCGUCUGAAUGGCUGGACAGUGGGUGAUUUAGUGGCUUCUCUUGAUGAGUUUUGUGACAUGCAGCAAACGACCAGCAGAGGGCGCUAUGAGAACUCCAAUUCUCUCUUGGAGCAUCUACAGCACCUGAUUGACAAUGCACGUUUAAACUGAUCUUGGACCAGCUUCACCCUUGCAGAACUGGUCAUUGAUCCGUGUGACACCCCCGAUAUGAAGACAGAAAACAGCAGACAUGAAUCUGCAUCCACACAAUCUUUCACAUCCCAAACAUUAAUACAAGAAGACAGACAUAAAGUAUAUGCAGCAGUUAUAAUCAAUUUCAUUCUCACCCAUUGAAAACGAUCCCUUAAAGAUAAAACAGCUGCAAGUACGCUGUCUGUUUAAACCAAUAUGAGAUCUGCUCUCCCAAUCCAAACGCUCAAGCCACAGCCAUUAUUAGGUAAGCGGAAAUCUGACUACAAAUCAGCUUUAGAAUUUACUACCAUCCAAAACACACUGACACAUUCUUGACCAAAGAUUCUGUGUAUUAUUUUUCAACAAUAUGUCAGUACCAAUAAUAAAGUGUGUUUGAAUGAUGAUAAA